UGUUUUUUAUUUAUUUCAGCUCAUGGAACGUAGGCCCAACACUUUACAUGUUGCGUUUAUAUUUUUGUUCAGUGUACAUUCCAAGGUUAGAAUGCUUGGGGUUCAUCAGCGCACUAAUACAUGGGUGUCUCUUCCAGUGUUUUACUAAAGAAAAACCUUUUGACCUUCGUGGACUGAAACCAGUGAUGCUGCUGCAGCAGACCAUGAUAGGACUGGAACACCUGCACUCUCACAACAUAGUCCACCGUGAUGUGAAGCCCCACAACAUCCUGUUGAAAGACCACUCUGACUCAGUCACGGUCAAGAUCUCAGACUUUGGGAUGAGUAAGCAGUUGGCGGACGGCAGACAAAGCUACAGCAUGAGGUCGGGAGCCCUUGGCACCAUGGGCUGGAAUGCCCCAGAGGUCCUGGAUGACAGCAGGGAAGUAAACCCUACCAGUGCUGUGGACAUCUUCUCUGCCGGCUGUGUGUUUUACUAUGUGUUGACAGGAGGAGAACAUCCAUUUGGAAAACCCAAUAGGCGGGCUGGUAACAUCGAGGAUGGCAAAUACAACCUUGACAGAUUACAGAAAGAAAAACAUGAGGACAUUGUGGCCACAGACCUGAUAGAACAGAUGCUGAACAUGGAGCCCCAGAGGAGGCCUUCUGCUGAGAGCGUGCUCAAACACCCCUUCUUCUGGAGCUUGAAGAAACAGCUGCAGUUCUUCCAGGACGUGAGUGAUAGAAUUGUAAUGGAGACAUCGGAUGGUCCAAUCAUACAGCAGCUGGAGUCAAGGGGACAGGAAGUGGUGAAGAAUAACUGGAUGGAACAAAUCACAGCAGUUCUGCGGAAAGAUCUAGAAACACGUAGAGGAGCAUAUGAAGAGGGCUCUGUUAAAAGUCUUCUACGUGCCAUAAGAAACAAGAAACACCAUUACCACGAUUCUCCUAAGGAGGUCCAGGAGACUCUGGGCUCCAUCCCUGAUGACUUUGUCUCCUACUUCACUUCCCGCUUCCCCCACCUGCUGCUGCACACCUACCUCGCCAUGCGUUCCUUUGCUGAGGAGCGGACUUUCCAAGAUUACUACCUCAAGUUCAACACGAGACUUAGACGGCAGAAGAGAACACACCCAGAGCCUGACGUGACGACAACCAAGCCAACAACUAAAAAAAUGUGACCAUAGUGUGACGUCAGGCGCUCCGCUGAGAAGUACUCCAUCCCACACCAGCAAACCUCCAAUCUAUGUCAGUACACUGUAUUGUCAAGGUUCUUUUUACUGUUUACAUGAACAAUAUUGGUUUGUCUGAAGAAGAAGCAAUCACUUUCACUUGUAUGCAGAUGACAUUGUUGUGUAUGCUAUUUCCCCAAUGGCUGAUCAGGUUCUGUCAGAGCUUUAAUCUGCCUUUAUUGCCUUGCAGAAAGCCUUUAUUAACUGAAAUUGGUUCUUAAUGCAGGUUAAACCAAGUAUAUAAUAUAUUCCAAAUCACAUAAAAAUGUAUCUGAUGAUUUAUGCAUAAGUACAUUGGAUGGUGCCCUCAUUGAUUAUGUGCCCAACUAAUAAAUAUCUAGGCAUCUGGAUUGAUGAUAGGCUGUCCUUCAAAAAGAAUGUUGAUGAGUUCGUUAAAGGUGCAAUAUGCAGAAAUCACUAUGCCAUUUCCUGGUUUCUAAAAUUGCAAUAGUUUGCCUAAUUUCAGUUUAUGUAACAAAACAAGUAAUAUACUGUAUAGUGUAGAGAAUCAUUGUACCAUCUAAACUGUGGUGAAAUAUCUUUUCAAUAGCAAGAAUAUUGUAUCUCCAGGUGUUUGAAGCUGGUGUACAAAACUGAAAGUAAAAGACGCAAAAACAAAACUAAAGAACGGGAAACAUAGAAAUAGUGCACAU